AUGCAAUUGCUAAAUCAUAAUCAACGACCCUGUGAAACUUUUAGUUUUGGCUUUGCCAUCAUUAUUCUAGUUGGUUUUCUUUUUGAAAACACAUUUGCUGAAUAUGAUUGUUCAGCAAAAGAAGAUGGCUGGUAUUAUGACCCCGAAUUUUGUCAUAUCUAUUGGCGAUGUAUACACGGAACAUCAGAAGAAUUUGAAUGUGCUAGUGGUACAGCAUGGGAUCAUCAUGAAAAUCGUUGUAAUUGGCUUGAUAGUGUUGAUUGUUCACGUGCUGAAAAAACAACACCACAAGUCAUGUCUGACUAUGAUGAUGAACAAAACAUGACAGAAGAACAUAACGAUAAUAAUAAUGAAGAUGAUGAUGAGCAACCUAUUGUUGUUAUUAAAAAAACAACAAAGAAAAAGAAAAAACAUCGAAAAUUAGAGCCAAAUAAUAGAAAGCUUGAUGCUGAUAAUAAUGAAGAAAUUGAUGUUUUUCUUCUAAUUAUAUCUCAAACAAGUUCGUCUACUGAUUUUCUUUGUGCUGGACGUGAUGGAUUUUUCGCUGAUCCUGAAUAUUGCACGAGAUAUUAUCGAUGCUCGCAUGGAAUUGAUGAAGUUUUUGAAUGUCCAAGAGAUACUGCAUGGGAUGAAAAAACGAAAUCAUGUGCAUGGGUUGAUGAAGUUAAUUGUGAUCAAAGAAAAUUAGAUACAACAACAUCACGUAAAAAAUCUGAUACUGAAUCUGUUUUAUCUGAAUCUAAUGUAGCAUCAGCUGUAUCAUCAACAAAUGGAAAAGAUAAUAGUGGAAGUUCACCAGCUAUUGAAUGUCAACCAACUGGAAUUUAUUCAAUACCUGAUCCAUCUGAAUGUAAUGCUUAUUAUGUAUGUGAUAAAGGUACACGAACAAGAUUAAAUUGUCCUGAAAAAAAAUUAUUUGAUAUUGAAAAACGUGAAUGUAAUGAAUAUGAACGAGUUUCUUGUGGAACAAGACCAGUUAAUCUUGUUGAUAAAAAUCAAUGUAUCAAUAAACGUGAUGGUAUUCAUCCGGACGUAGAACGUGAUUGUCAUUUUUAUUAUCAAUGUGUAUCACAAAAUAAAAUGCGUGAAGCAAAAUGUCCAAAUGAUCAAAAAUUUAGUAGUUAUACAGGAAGAUGUGGUCCAGUAAGUAAUGCUCCAAUGCCAUGUGGUUCAUUUGUUCCUGGAAGUACUGCAACGAAAAUGAAUUUAAAUUUUUCACCUAAUUCAACUGAAUCAGAUCUUCUAUUAAAAGUAAUCAGACAAAAAUAUGAAUCGAAAAAAUCGAUUGAUAUUAUUUCUCAAUACCAAUCGACUUUUCCUCCAUCUUUGAAAAAUGAUACGACAACAUUACAUUCGAAUAUUAUUUUUCAAUUGCUUAUAACAAAACCUAAUUCUUAUCUUUAUAAUCCUGAUGAAGAUGAUGAUGAUGAUGAUGGUCUAUUAAAUCGAAUUAAACGAGACAAAACUCCAUUUGUUUGUAAAGCGGAUGGUUAUUAUCCUGAUCGAGAAAAUUGUCGAAUAUAUCAUAUAUGUACAUCAGGUGUUGAUACAGCAGCUGUUUGUGGUGAAGGUACAUCGUGGGAUCCAGUUAAGAAAAAUUGUAAUUGGGAAAAUACUGUUCAAUGUAAAAAAGGUCUUCGUAAAUGGGAUCAAAUAACAGAUAUUCGAGGCGUAACUCUAUUUGCUACUGAUGCAGCUCUAGCUUGGCGAGCAAAAAAGAAAUCAACAACAACUAAUCAACCAAUUAAAGUUGAUUCAAAUUUUACAUGUGAAUAUGAUGCUGAAGGAUUUUUUCCUGAUCCAAAAUAUUGUCAUAUUUAUCAUUACUGUGGUAUUGGUGCACAUACAGUACUAAAAUGUGCUGACAAUCUUUGGUUUUCAACAGCAUCUGAAGGAUGUGAAUGGCCAGAGAAAUCAGACUGUAAAGCCGUUACUUUACAUCCAUCAUCAACAGUAGCAACAAAUAUGGUUGAUGGUGAUGGAAAUCCUAUAACAACUCCUCGUAUACCUCGACCAGCUACUGUCUAUGUACCUAUUGAAUGUCCAAGAGGUGUUCAAGAGUAUUUUCCUGAUCCAUAUGAUUGUUCAGCAUUUCAUUAUUGCAAUGGUGGUAUUGAUAAACCUUCAUUUUGUGAUGCUGGCCUUUUCUGGGAUAAAAAACUUGGUUGUCAAUGGCCAAAAGAUGUUCCUCAUUGUCAACAUAAAUGUCCAGCUAACGGACAACGAUUACGUUUUGUAGCUACACAUAGUUGUUGUCAUUAUUAUGAAUGUAUUAAUGGUCAUUUAAAAGAACAAGUUUGUCCUUUACAUAAACUUUAUUCAGUUGAAACGAAAACUUGUGAAAAUUUUCAAGUUGUUACUUGUGGUUCAAGAAAAAAAUGUAUCGAUCCUUGUGAUUAUGAUAAUUCUCCAUUAUGUGAAUUUAAACCUGUUUGUCGAGAUAGACCAAAUGGUAAUUAUGUUGAUCAAUAUCGACCAAAUUGUCAAUUUCAUUAUACAUGUCUUGAAAGUCGAACAUUCAAUUAUACAGCAUGUGAACAUGGUUAUCGGUUUUCUAUUCAACAUCAAAAAUGUUUACCUGCUAAACAAGUUAAAUGUAUAGGCAAUAAUAUAAAUGGUUCAAUAUUAUUUAAAAUUAGUUUUUUCUGCGUUGCUCUUUUUAAAUUUCAUAUUUGA